AUGCUUUACUGGUGGCACGAUGUUCAAGAGAAUCGCUCCUCACCAGAGACGGUCACAGUUUUGACUUUUGGUCGCGAGAACAACGGCUAUUGCAUGCCGUCGCGAGAAGAAAACGAAGAAGCAAAAGGUCACACGCUGAGCCGACAGAUCGCAUCCGCCGAGAUUGUCAUCUUCAGCGCUCAUCUCCGUCCCAAGACAAGCAGCAUCAGUUUGUGGGUGAGCUUUGCAAACCAGCUCUGUACCCCUUGCGCCCUUCCUCAGCCAAGCUCAGUAAGCAUUUAUGUCAAGCAGCGCAACGCAGGCCGGCGCUUCAUAACGAGCGGAUACGGGGUAACGCGCAAGGGGUAA